AACCCUGUGCGUGUGUUUGGUUCUGGUUAGAAAAUGGCGUUCAACGAUGAUGAGGAGCCUCCUCCGGCUAAGCCUGCAGAGCCGGCGAGGCCGAUGCGGCAAGUGCAGCUCACCAAGUACCACAACCGAAAGGCACCCCUGGCCCCCAGUGACCAGACGGUGGUGCUGGAGCUCAAGGGCGUCUCCUCUGCCGCCUCCAGAGCACCCCUGGACCUCGUCGCCGUCAUUGACGUCAGCGGCAGCAUGGAGUAUGGAGGCAAGCUCGAUAAUGCGAAGAAAGCCCUCCACUUCAUCAUCCGCAAGCUCACCGACCACGACCGCCUCAGCAUCGUCCAAUUCGACCACGAAGCCACCCGGCUGUGCGCUCUACGCUGCACCACGGAGGCCGCCCAGGCUGAACUCGAGACUCUCGUCGGCAGCAUCAAGACCCGUGGCGCCACCAACAUCCAGGCCGGCCUCGAGACUGCCCUCAACGUCCUCAAGGAACGCAAGUUCACCACCGGCCGUGCCGCCAACAUCAUGCUCAUGUCUGAUGGUGGGCAGAAUGAAGGCGACGCAAGGACGGUCGAGCCUGGCAACGUGCCGGUCCACACCUUCGGCUUCAGCUCAGGGCACGACACCACGUUGAUGGACGCGAUCGCAAAGAAGAGCCUUGGUGGGAUGUACAACUUCGUGGACGAUGACAGCAACAAACCCACCAACCUCUCCGAGACCUUCUCCCAGAUCCUGGCCGGCCUCGUCACCAUCAUUGCCCUCGACCUCGAGCUCACCGUCACGCCGUUCCAGGACGAGGCCACCAUUAAGAAGGUGGACGCCGGCUCCUACCCUCUGAACACCGCCACCGACGGCUCCUCCUCCGUCACUGCCAGGUUUGGCACCCUCUACUGCGCAGAGGCGCGCAAGGUCAUCGUCGAACUCGCGCUCAGGGACCACACCGCCUUCCGCCCGUACAACUCCAACGUCGCCCAAGUCCAGUACAGAUUCAGCUUUGAGGGCCAGCAGGUCACCUCUAGCCCCGAGCUGAUCACCAUACGCCGCAGCAGGAGAACGCCCGCCUCGGCCGUCGCGCCGCCGCAGGUGCAGGCCGAGGUGGCCCGGCGCCAGCACGCGGACUCCAUCAAGGCGGCGAUGGAGAAGGCCGACGACGACAAAUUGGAGGAAGCGCGGAACAUUCUGGCAGAGGCUCUGAAAGCGCUGGAGCGCAUCGUCGACCCCAUGGUGGACAUGCUCCGCAAGGAGCUGCUCAAGCUGCUGGAGCUUUUCAAGACCAAGGAUAUCUACGAAAAGCAGGGCCGACCCUCUGCCAUGUCCUCGGCCGCCUCCCACGACCGCCAACGCUUCGCCGCCAGGGGUGACGCCGAGGACAUUCGGAUCUUCGCCACGCGACGCAUGGAUACCUACCUCAAGCAGGCGAAGCUGCCCGACGACAAACCAAUUCCAUCAGCUGACGACGAUGUCCAGCAAGAGCCGGAGGUGCCGCAAGACGGGCCAGCUGUGGCCACGGCUGUGGAGAGGAGGACGCUGCUGCUGUCGUCGGUGGCGCUUCGAGUUGUCACCGCGGUGCUCAGCCUGCUGGCCUUCUCGAUCAUGGCCAGCGCAAGGACAUCCGCGUGGGACAGCGGCCGCUACGAGACGUACAGGUACGCCAUCGGAGUGAAUGUGGUCGUCUGCUUCUACUCGAUCGUGCAAGCAUCUGCCAAAAUCCGCCGUCAAUUAUGGCCAAGUUCUAUGCCGCGGAGCAUCUCAAGCUACUACUGCAGCCUCUUCCUCGAUCAGGUAUUGGCGUACCUGCUCAUAUCGGCUUCAUCGGCAGCCGCGUCUCGCAACCAUCUGUGGGCGUCGAGAUACGGCAAGGACCAGUUCAACAGCAAGAUCAACGUCGCAGUGUGGUUUUCAUUCCUUGGGUUCCUUGCGCUAUCAGCCAACGCGCUCAUCUCCAUGGCUAAUCUAUUCAGCAGGAUCUGAUAAAUUGAUGCUGCUCUUAUGUUUUCCUGUAUUGCAUGCAGUACAUAUAUACUGGUGCAAGUUAAAUCGUGAACAAAUAUAUACAAAAUAAUGUAAACUGAGUAUGCACAAGCCAAAACACUUGCAAUAAAAAAUUAUGAACUUUGGUA